UUCUUGUGUCCUAGCAACAUAAUAUCCCUAACAAUCCCAUCGAUCCAGUGUUACCGAGCAAGAAGUACUAUUACCAGAACAUUAUCCUCUUCAAAUAUCUCCCGCAAAUACUGAAACAGGAUGGAAGACCUCAAGGAACUCGUGAACAAAGUGAAUUCACUACUGGACACCAACUACAACAUGAUUUCCUUCGAUUCCCUGUCUUCUGAAGGAUUGAUCCAAGUCCUAGUGGACGUUCUUUCGAAGCUCCAGUGUUGUGAGCACUUUGAAGUGCGUGGCAACGACUUUGAGGAUGUAAAUAGGAAAAUCACGGAAUGCCUUAAGUGUAUUCAGUAUCGCCCCAGGGAGGAGUUUAGCAAAAAUCCCGAGAUUUUCCGUCGAGGUUUAGCCAAUGGCGAGAAGAAGAUGAUUUAUCCCAUAAUCUCCUGGAUCUGGGCCAACAAGGAGACUGUAAAGGAAGUGGCGUACUUGUCGAAAUACCUUAUGCCCCUUAACAUGCCCAAUGAGGCUCGAGCCAUUCCAGAAAUCUCCAGGUUGUGGGAACAAUACCAAACGGUUAUGGAGGAUUUUGUGGGCAUCCACAAGGCUUACAGUGUGGCUCAGGGAGAAGGGAAUCGCGCAAAGGAACUAAAGAACGACAUUGGGGCUAUUGAGACGGAGAUUGAGAAUGUAAAGAAGCGCCUAGAGAGAACUCAGCUUCGCUUAGAUAAAAUCCCGCAGCAGGAAUUAUUUUUGGAAGCAGGAAGGUCCCUCAGGAUUGAAAAGGACCGUAAUAAGGAGUUAGAAUCUCAGCUCGAUGAGCAAAAACGGACAAUUGAGAGGAACAAUCUUCUGCAUUCGAGGCUGCAAAAGGAACUCUCCACAGCGCAAAUGGCUACAGCCAGUACAGGACCGAAGAAUCUCUUGGAUACUCUUGUGGAUGAGACUCAAGUAUUGGACUUUAUGCUGAAGCAGAAACUUCCGGUAGAGCUAAAAGAGAAGCAGGAAGAGAUUGUGUUGCUGCAGAGGGUUUUGGACGAACCCAAGAUAACAGAUGAAUAUCUUGGGGAUUUGAAUAGGAAGAUUGAAGAGGUGAAUCAGGAAGUCCAGGGUUUGGUUGAAUCCAGAAUGCAUGAGUACAAUGCCCACAACGACAAUCUGGGCCCUUUCAAGCAGCAAGCCAGCAUGGUGAGGAGGAAUAAAGAGCUAACCCUUGAACAGUUGGACAAGAUGACCAAGGAACUGAGGGAAGUCAAUGCUACUCUCGAGGGGAAACAGAAGGAGCUCCAGGACACUGUUGGGGAAGUGAUUUUGCGCGGGGAUGAACUAAAGAACUACGUGAAUACUCUUCGCGCCAAAAGCUCUGUCUACAAGCAACAUAGGGCAGAGCUUGCAUCACUGCAAUCCGAAGAGAUGGAUCUGCAGAAGACACUGGACAAUCUUAAGUCUCAGGAUCCGUCCCUGCAGACAUCCCUGAAUGAGACAGGAUCUCCUGAGGACAGUAUUACUAGGCCAAGUUCUCCUCAGGAAACCCAGGGUGUCGCAGAACUUUCAAGGCUUGUCGAGGGGCUCUCGAGGGCUACAGCGGGGUCCAGGGAAAGGCUGGUCCCCCUGUCUCAGACUAUUCGUCCUCUGAGGGAGAAAAUACUAGAGCUUAAGGAUAUUCAUGAAUCUAAAAAGCAGGCUUAUGAUGCCUUGUCUGCAACUCUGAAAGCCGAAGCAUCGUCGAUGCAGAAGGACAUCAAUGAAACUGAGAAUCUCAUUGGGAACUACGAGGAAGAGUGGCGUGAGUUGCAGCUGGAACAGGAGAGAAUUGGUCAUCUACUGAAGGACAUUGGGCAGGACAACAAUGAUGAUAAAACAUCAUCCGUGGCAGAAUCGCUUUCUCUGCAAAUUCGGGAUGAAGAAAAGUCCAUAUCUAAGCUCAAUGAAGAGAAUCAGCGUCUCCUGUCCCUCAGGGACAAGCGAGAGAAACAAGUGGAGCUCUGGGGGGACCUCAACAAACUACUCCAAGUGAAGAUUCAAUGUCAACGCGAGGGGAAAAACCAGGGAAUUGGGGGGGUUUUGCAUGUUGAUCGUGGGGCAGAAACAUUCACAUUGCAGUAGAAACUCGGAUAAUUUCAAUAAAAUCAUGAUAUAUUUAACA